UUCAUGUAGGCAUCGGUAUCCUUCAACUGGAUCUGUAUUAGAAGUUUGUGAUCUCACUUCACUAGAAUACAGAAUCUGAGAAGAUGGAGAACAAAACCGUGGUCCUUACUAUCUAUAUCAUUGCCUUCGUCAUUGGUCUGCCUUGCAACCUUCUGGCCUGCUACUCCUUUCUGAGGAAAGUACGUCGCAAGCCGGUCCCCAUAGAUAUCCUGUUGCUCAAUUUGACUAUUUCUGACCUUUUCCUUCUGUUCUUUUUGCCCUUCAAGAUGGCAGAAGUUGCCCAACGUUUCACAUGGCCUCUUCCUUCCAUUCUUUGCCCACUGGCAAACUUCUUCUUCUACAGCAGCAUUUAUAUCAGCCUCCUGUUCCUCAUGGGAGUCAGCAUCGAGCGCUACCUGUGUAUUGCCUACCCUGUCAAGCACAAGUUGAACCGUAGACCAACCUACGCAAGAAUUGCCAGCCUUUUCUUCUGGUUUUUGGCUUGUUCCCAUUGUGGUUGCAUUGUCUUCAUUGUUCACUACCUCCCUGGAACUUCGUGGAGUCAUACAUCCAAUGUCACUUGCUACCAUGACUUCUCCCCCAAACAGAAUGACAUUGUCCUCCCUUUCCGCCUGGAGCUUUUCUUUGUCCUCUUCUUACUUCCUUUCCUUGUCACUGUUUCCUGCUAUGCUAACGUGAUCCGCAUCUUAAAUGCCAUGCCAAACAUUAAGCCUCAGAAGAGGCAAAGGGCCAUGGGCUUAGCUGUGGCUACCUUGCUCAAUUUCACUCUGGCCUUUGCUCCCUACAAUAUCUCCCACGUUGUAGGCUUUGUAAUUAAAAAAAGCCCCCCCUGGAGAACAGAGACGUUCUGCCUGACUUCCCUCAAUACGGUGUUGGAUCCUGUCAUUUUCUUCUUCUCUUCCUCCACCAUCCGGAGGACCUUUACAGAAUGUUGGAUUGGCAUCUGCAAGAAAUUCCGGAAUCAUGCAUCACUCUGCUGUCCAUGUUGCUGCAAGUUUUGUAGGGACAAUGACAAAAAAGGACAAGCUGGUGAGUUAUCUCUUGGAAACCUCCCCAGCAUACUGGCAGGAUCUAGUACCCCCACCCCUUUUGCAACUCUGGAACCAUCUAUGACAUUAGACGAGUGAUCACUCAGAAAAGUCUCAUUAUACAGAGCAGAAACUUCUGACUCCCAAGAACACCUAAGCUAAACAUGAUCACACCACCAAAUAUAUCCAAGCGAGUGUGAAAUUUGAAAUAAUGCCUGCAGAAAUUUCAUUUUGAGUGACAACACUUAACAAUCAAAUCAUGUUUGGAAAACUUGCCUGCUGCUCCUGACUUGCUUGUAGCAACUUUGAGUUAUUUUGACUAUUACCAAAGAUAAGAUGACAUCUGCUUAUAGUUCUCAGAGUUUCAAGACUUGCAGAGAAUUCCAUGUUCGCUUUUUUGGCCAAAGACUCCAGACUUCAUGAAUAUUUGAGACUUUGUCACAAGUAAACAAUAAUACAUAUGGAUAACCAGCUGGGUCACUGUGACAGAUUUUUGCCACCAUCAGCUGAUGGGUACACAUUAAUAACACAGUAAUUAUUUUCUCAAAGCAGCCCAUCUCCUUAAAAAAAUUUCACUAGGUGCUUUUUUUGUCAUAAUGAGCUGGUUCUGUUCAUAGCCCAAGACCAGUUAGAUCAUUCUUUUCUUUUAGCACUUGAUAGCUGCAACUCCACUCCUCUGACAGCCACAAAACUUGUGAUGGAUCAGUAUCUCUUAAAAAUAUUUGUCCAAUAUGAUAUCUUCAUUUGAAGGAAUUGUUUGGGUAAGCUUCUCUCAAACUCAAGGGUUAAUUAUAUUUCUGUUCAGCUAUUUAGUUCUUUG